AUGAGGUGUUCUCGGCCCCUGCGGACAGAGAUGGGCCUGGCUGUGGCUCUGGGCACCUUCACCCUCCUCUUCCUCUCAGUCUGCAGGUCACCACCCACCUGCCCAGGCCUGAAGGAGCCACCAGGCACCCCCGUGGCUCUGGUCUGGCCCUCGCCACCCUCCCGCCCACCGCCCACCCCAUGCCUGGCCAACACCUCCAUAGCCGCCCCGCCGGACUUCACCAGGCAGUCAUAGCACAUCCGCAACUUCCUGCUGUACAAACACUGCCGCGACGUCGUGCUGCUCCAGGACAUGCCGCCUGACAAGUGUGUGCAGCCAGUCUUUCUGCUGCUGGUGAUCAAGUCCUUGCCCAGCAAUUACGGGCACCGGGAGCUGGUGCGGCGCAGGUGGGGCCGUGAGCGCCAGGUCCACGGCGUCCAGCUGCGCCGCCUCUUCCUCGUGGGCACGGACCCCAACCCGCUGGAGGCGCGCAAGUUCAACCGGCUGUAGGCCAUGGAGGCGCGGAUGCACGGUGACAUCCUGCAGUGGGAUUUCUACGACUCAUUCUUCAACCUCACGCUCAAACAGGUGCUCUUCCUACAGUGGCAGAAGACACGGUGCACUGCCAGUUUUAUGCUCAACUGGGAUGAUGACGUCUUUGCCCACCCAGACAACGUGGUCACCUACCUGCAGGGCGACAACCCUGACCACCACCUCAGACAGGUGUCUGAGACAGGCUUCACAGGAAUUGGGGCAGUAGUAAAGGGGGCCUCACAGCAGAACUGA